AUGCCUGGCUUGCCACAGCUAAGCUCGAGCGGCAGCUAUGCGUGCUGCAGCAGCAGAACGGACGUCAACACCAGCAGCAGCAGCAGCAGCAGCAGCGGCAGCAGCAACAGCAGCAGCAGCAUCAGCGGCAGCUGCAGGGGCAAUAGUUUGCCGGCUUCGCCUCUUCAGACGAUACUGGCGUUCGCUGGUUUGGCUCCUGGGGAGGGGCCGCAUUUGUCAGACUUGCUGCCUUUUUGUGAAGUGCUGGACAACGCCUUCAAGGCACCCGCUGCUGCGUCGAGUAACAGCGCAAACUCGACUUCUGUUUCUGCUGAGACGCACCCGUCUGGGCGAUGUCAGUCAGGCGAAGAAACACCAGACGAGGCUGAAGGACAGAGAAAGGCACAGGCGGCAGCUGAUGCAGCAGCAGCAGCAGCUGGUGAAACAGGGAAAACAGAGCGCCCGUCGUGCUUGAUGGAGGAGGCCUUGGUGUGCCUAGACACCGACGGUAGUGGGUCGGUGGAGUUUGACGAAUUCUUGGCCGCCUCGAUGACCCGUCUAGAUUUUCUCGAAAGAACACCAACAUGCAGCGUGGCAUUUCGAUUGCUGGAUCGCAACGUCGACGGGUUUGUAUCUGCGAACGACUUGUUAACGAUUUUGCAUUUUGAUUCGAAGUCAGACUUAAAAGGUGUUUAUGAGGCGCAGAAGAAGCGGGCAGAUGCAGCAGUGGCAUCGCUGUUGAGUGCUACGGCUGCUGCUACCGCUUCUGGAGCUCCGCCCCCGCCUGGGUCUGUGCUCGAUGAGACGGAGUUGGUCUCCGGAAUCGAUGAACACGGGAAUACUUUUGAAGUCCCCUCUGGUGCGGCAUACAUACUUCAACUCGAAGGCGUUACUGCAGCCACUGCUCCGGUGUACGUACAGGUCGUCCGAGAGCUGAAGGCAACGCAGCCAAAUGCAAACGGUUUGUGGACUUUCGAGGACUUCAUGAAUUUGCUCUAA